UUUUGUGUCGGAAUGAUAUCUCGGUCGUACAACUUUGUUACAUGAACUCUGUGGUAAGGAUACGCAAACUGUUCGCUUUCAUCGACCUCUGCGUCCUAAAAUGAUCAUUUGCACACACCGUAGGCUACAAUGGCUCACGUUUUCACUGUUUUGAAAAGCAGAACUUUCAGUCGUGGGACGUCAAUGUUAAUUCGUCACACAAAUGCGAGCAUGAGCAGUGUGCGGCCUCUGACCGUGAGCCAUCAUUUGCUCGCCAAGCCGAAUAAACCUGAACAAGAUCUCCAGGAGGAGACGGCUACUGAGCCCAUCCGCUUCUCCACUAGCAAGGCCAGUCACAGGACUUGGAAGGUGGAGCGCUCCAUGGGGAGCCAGCACCAACGCCCCUGGUGGAAAGUGGUCCCCCUCAGUGUGAUCGCCGUGGCCUUCCUGCUGUGGUGCGCCUUGAGGGAAGAGUCGGACAUUGAUGAGCGGUUGGACAAAGAACUUUACCAGCAUUUACCCGGAUUGCUCUCCAAUCAAGAAAACGAGAAAAAUAAAUGACAUCUGGAAUGUGUGUACACUGUCUUAUAAUAGCAACCGUGACAAAUGGCCACUACCUAUGUGGACUUGAAACAAAAAACAUGGAUUAAGCAAUUUAAAUGUUCUGAACAAAUCAGUGUUCCAUUUGUGCCAUUUAAGUCAACCUUUUCGGGGAAGUGACUUAUGAAAAAACAAAUCCAAUUUUGACAGUCUUCAGCAUGAAUGCUUGUCACAUUGCUACUAUUGUAUUGCCAGUACGCAUCAGUGUAUGACUAUAUUGAUAAAGGUAAAAUAAUUUACAAGCUUUGCAAUUUCAAAAUGUAUACUGUACUUCAAAUUAAAGGUCAGUGCUGCCAAAA